AUGCAGUGCUCUUUUUAGGAGAAGGAAGCUCUAGCUGACAUCUUUGCUUAGGUCAAAGAUGUCGAUGAAUAAAUAUUUGAUGACAUAUUAGAAAUAUUAAGAAAGGAAAAGUUGAAGAUUGCAUUGGUUUAUUCCAAUGACUUUUCCUCUGAAAAAAAAUGA